UUCACCGGGCACAUGAACAAGUCCUCCACCAUGUAAAGAUAAACAUUGAUUCUCUAUUCAUUCCAAUCCAACCCAUUGCCUAUAAAUAUCCAUCUAUAUAUGCAUCUGCCUGUGCACAUCAGCCUUACUCCAUCUUCACCACCACCCAAAUCUCUCUCUCUCUCUCUCUCUCUGCAAUGGCGUCUCCUACUCCUCUUCUGAAAGACGAACUCGACAUCGUGAUACCCACAAUUCGGAACCUGGAUUUCUUGGAGAUGUGGAGGCCCUUCUUCCAACCUUACCAUCUCAUCAUAGUUCAGGAUGGCGACCCGUCGAAGACCAUCAAAGUCCCUGAAGGCUUCGAUUACGAGCUCUACAACAGGAACGACAUUAACAGGAUUUUGGGUCCCAGGGCUUCCUGCAUUUCCUUCAAGGACUCUGCUUGUCGCUGCUUCGGCUACAUGGUCUCCAAGAAGAAGUAUAUCUACACCAUUGACGACGACUGCUUUGUUGCUAAAGACCCAACCGGCAAAGAGAUCAAUGCCCUUGAGCAGCAUAUAAAGAAUCUUCUCUGCCCAUCAACUCCCUUAUUCUUCAACACCCUGUAUGAUCCCUUCAGAGAAGGUGCAGAUUUUGUUCGUGGCUACCCCUUUAGCUUGCGCGAGGGUGUUCCAACUGCCGUCUCUCAUGGCCUGUGGCUUAACAUCCCGGAUUAUGAUGCACCCACACAGCUUGUCAAGCCUCUUGAGAGGAACACCAGGCAUGUAGAUGCAGUUAUGACAAUACCGAAGGGUACCCUCUUCCCCAUGUGCGGUAUGAAUCUGGCAUUUAACCGCAAUCUGAUUGGCCCUGCCAUGUACUUUGGACUCAUGGGCGAUGGCCAGCCAAUUGGUCGCUACGACGACAUGUGGGCUGGCUGGUGCGUCAAGGUGAUUUGCGACCACCUGGGACUGGGAGUGAAGACGGGGCUGCCCUACAUUUGGCACAGCAAAGCAAGCAACCCAUUUGUGAACCUAAGAAAAGAGUACAAAGGCAUCUACUGGCAAGAAGAUAUCAUCCCAUUCUUCCAGGCAGUGACCCUUCCAAAGGACUGCAUCACCGUCCAACAGUGCUACAUUGAACUCUCCAAGCAGGUCAAAGACAAGCUCGGAAAAGUCGAUGAAUAUUUCCUCAAGCUUGCCGACGCCAUGGUCACCUGGAUCGAAGCCUGGGAUGACCUCAAUUCCGCCAAGGCCAAGGCUUCUUCUGCCAAACUCCCCAACGGUUCCAAGAAAUGAGAAGAGAGAGCUUUAUUCGAUAUCAAGCAAUAUGUCUGUCUUUUAGUUAUAUAAUAUAUAUAUAUAUACACAGUUAUAAUAUUUAUAUUAAUUAGCUUCAUGUACUUGUCAGUCUUGUCCGACCCAGUAUUGGGUCUGCAGAGUUGUGGCUUCAUAACAUUUCGUGGGUUUAGAACAAUAAAUGAAUAUUCUGUCUUUUUAGCUCAA